CCGGCGGGGGCGGGGCGCGGGGUCCGCGCGCGCCGGCCAUGCCGCGCUCACGCCGCGCCGCGCGCCGCGGCACCGGCAGUGCCCGGGCGAGCUCGCCCGGCAGCGAGGAGGAGGCCGGCAGCGAGGUGCUGAGCCACUGCAGCAGUGCCAGCGAGAGCGCCGGCCCCGCUGAGGAGGGAGCAGGGAGCGAGGCGGCGAGUGAGCACGGCCAGGAGGAGGAGGAGGCGGAGGACAGGCUGAAGGAGCACAUGGACACCCUCCUGGACAAGAGCGCCAAGGCGCGGCAGGCGGCACUGCAGGGCCUGCGCCUGGCCCUGUCCUCCAGAACCCUGUCCGAGUUCCUGCUGGAGCGCCGCCUCACGCUCACCGACUCCCUGGAGAAGUGCCUCAAGAAAGGUAAAGGGGAAGAACAGGCACUGGCGGGCAGCGUCCUCACCCUCCUCUGCCUCCAGAUGGGCUCCGGCCCGGAGGGAGAAGAGGUGUUCCGCAGCCUGAAGCCGCUGCUCCUCAGCGUCCUGACAGACAGCACAGCCAGCCCCAGCGCCCGGCAGAGCUGUGCCACGGCCCUGGGCAUGUGCUGCUACAUUGCUGCUGCUGACCUCGAGGACCUGGUAUCAUGCCUAUCCUGCUUGGAGGGCGUCUUCAGCCCCCCCAGCACAGGCGAAGGGGGCUCAGCACCUGCCCAGCAUGGGCCUCUGCACUGCAGUGCGCUCCAGUCAUGGUCCCUGCUCCUCACCAUCUGCCCCCCCUCCCACCUCAGGAGCAUUUUGGACAAUCGCUGGCUGCAGCUGCCCGCACUGCUGACCAGCAGCAGCGUUGCCCUGCGCAUCCUGGCCGGGGAAACCAUUGCGCUGCUCUUCGAGCUGGCCCAGGACCUGGAGGAGGACUUGUGCCACCAAGAUACAGAGUUCCUGUGUACCCAGCUCAAAGUCCUGGCUACUGAGAGCAACAAGUACCGAGCCAAGACAGACCGACGGAGGCAGCGAUCCAUCUUCCGGGACAUCCUGCGCUUCAUCGAGACUGGAGAGUACCAGGAGGAGACCGUCCGAUUUGGCCUGGAGUGCAUGUACCUGGACAGCUGGGCACGCCAGCGCACCUACCAAGCCUUUAAGGAGGUGCUGGGCUCCGGCAUCCAUCACCACCUCCAGAACAAUGAGCUGCUACGGGAGAUCUUUGGCCUCGGGCCCCCCUUGGUGCUGGAUGCGGCUGCUCUGAAAGCCAGCAAGGUCUCCCGCUUCGAGAAGCACCUCUACAACUCAGCUGCCUUCAAAGCGCGCACCAAAGCGCGGAGCCGCGUGCGGGACAAGCGGGCGGAUGUGCUGUGAUGGGCACAGGGGGCAGAGCCCCCAGCCGACCCAGACUGCAGACCCAGCACUGUGAGGGGCAGGUGCCCCCAGCCCUCGGGCUUUUAUUCAUGUACAGCAGAGUAUUUAAUGCCUGGAGCUGCCCCAAGGGGGGGCUGCCCCCUCUUUUAUUUUUUUAACCAAAAAAUAGGAAGGAUAAAAGAAGAGCAGGGGGAGGUGGUGGCGUGCUGCCGUGUGCCUGCUCUGUGGCUGGGGAUCCAUGUGGCACAGUGGGAGGGUGUCUCACCCAGGCUCCUGCAGCCACUUUCAGUGGCAGGGCUUGUGUUUACCCUCCCUAGUCCUGCAGGGGCACCAGGGUGGCCUGGCGCAGCCUGAAGAGUGGGUGGGAGGGCAGAGCUGUGCAGGGCUGCAGAGCAGCUGGUCCUGGUGUCUGUGCCUCUGGCAGGAGCGUUCUCCCCACCCUUCCAUGCUGGGUACAGCCCCUGCCUCCCCAGCCAGCCUGGCAUCAGUGAUGGUGGCAGAGCAAUGUGGAGUGGGAAGCUCUGCCCAGUCCUGCCAGCUGCCUGCCUACUCUCAAUCCUUUUCCAGCCAAAUGCUUUAUAUGAAAUAGUAAUCUUGUGGGAAAUUAAUUACGGGGGGGGCCACUGCCCAGGCGGGCAUAGGGCCAUGCCAGUUGGCAGUGCCUGCCACCCUGGGAAUGUAUCUAUCAUGGUGAUUUUCUAAGACUUUGAUUGUAAGAGGUAAUUAAAAGGCUAAAUAAAGUAUGCCUUCUGCCUUGUUAA